AGUCAUUCUUCGACGUUCGGUUCGUUAGGUUCAGAACUGCUGGAAAGCGAGCUCGAGUCACGACUGGUGGACAUUUCGCGCGCGGUGGUCCUUCGCGGUUAUACCUGCACAAAUUGAUCUAUACAACUAUACAUACGUGUGCACGGAGGGUUUUAGUAAUUUAUUGCAAAUUUGGUGUCCUGCGAGGACAAGGGUGUGUGUUUGGAACCUGUACAAAGGAUUGUCCGUGUUCGUAAAUCACAUUGCGCCGGCAGCGAGCAGGAAGACAAGGAAGCACAGCAACAGGAGCUAUCGCGAGCCUUCGGGGGCUCCGUAGUCUACUUGCAGGGGCAAACCGUCGAAGGGUAGUUAGUGGAAGAAUCCUUGCUGGUUGGGGUCGAUACGGUACUGUCGUGUGCUGCCCCUCCCCUCACGAUCAACCAGGGAGGGCGGUAUACUUUUUGUCGGGUGUAUCGUUGUUAUUAUUUUUUAAUUUGCAUAAAUUAAAGAACCGAGAAAAUGAUAAAAGUGUAACGGUUUAUGGGCACUGCUCACGACAGGACAACGCAAGGAGGAAAAUAUUUGUGCUUCACGGCCCUCCCAAGUCCCAGUCCCGUGUGGAGUAGAUUCCGGGGAGCUACUUCAAUCGAUAUCGUGCUCGGAAUUGUUUCGUGGACGACUUUGCUCAAACAUCUGGCGGUGAAGUUUAUGGGAAAUUGCGUGAGUUAAUUUAUCGCUGUGGAAGGAGUGUACAGUUUUGAGUGACACAUCCAUCGGAUUCAAUUAGAUGCAAAAGCCAUCAACGCGGGGUCGUGAAAUCUGAUAGUUGUUGGUUGACCAAGACUGGCCGGAAGGUGCGAUAGGAAGAGGUCAGUGCAGCCAUCACCUCCAGACAACGAGGCUCGAGUCUAAUUUAUGUCAAUAUACAUUACACACCCAUAUAGUAUAAAUUCCUAUGAGAGCCCACUUUAGCCGUGGACGACCUCAAGUGUGUUAAUGUGCUUGAAAAUUGUUGUUGAUGCUCCCGGUCAGGACUAGUGGCCUCGUGUAAUAUCAAUUAUAGUGCCAUCGUAUUAAUUAUAUCUACGUUGACCGCAAAGUGCAACCCGAGUCAGCCCAUGAGCGAAGAGCUGUAGCCGUUGUAUGUGACCAGAAGUUACGCACAUGAAUAAAUCAUUCGACGCUAGUGCACACAAGAAAUUUUGCCCUUUCGGAACCUCCUAGAGCGCCGAGUGUUCGCUAGAGCGUUUUGUGGCGGUGGUGACCCUGCUGUGCUAGUUGGUGCUAUAAAUUGAUUCCAAGUGCAAAGCUUCCGUUUUGGCAUAAUCAGCAACGAGUCCCAAGUGUGCAUGUGGUGGCGAGUGCUUAAUCAUUAUUAGAUUACGAGAAGCUGCGGUUGACCACAGAAUCAGUGACCACGAAACGCGAUUACGGGACCUGGCCCAAAGCGGCCGUCAUUCGCUCGGAACGGAAUCUUGAGGUUUUUGGUCGGUCCAGUGAUAACAAUCGAAGCCUACUGGGAUUACUCAAGUGUCCUAUCCCUCGUUCCCCGUCCAAGUGGGCAUUGGAAUCAAUCAAGUUGACCACGACAAAGUGGGGAAAAAGAAAAUUGCUCGAUGAGCUGUGAAGGAAUGUUUCAGUGAUAAGAUUAUCUACUUGUGGAAAUUGGAGAAGAGCGCUGCUACCGAGUUAUCGAGCGCCGAGUGCGUACGUGUAAGCUUGCCAUUGUGAAGUGAUUGAGUGUUAUGUGAAGAUUUCCGAUACCGAUAGACCGUGGUUUUCGUGAUUGUGCGAUAAGCGGCAGGUCGAUGAGUUAUUGAUUGAUUUUCGGGUACUCGACUCACAGGCGAAGACGUCGCAGUAGAAGAAGAAGAACCAUAACUGAAACCUGGAACAAAUCACAUUUCAUCAUAAGGCAAGACGGCGGGAAAAUGCCAAAUAUCGGAGCUCAUCAACGCAGCCGACGACGUCCAGAGCCUGAGCAAUUUUAAACACAUAUCGAAAACGACAUAAUUCACGAACGCCAACACGUAUAUCACUGCGGAUUGAAACGACGAAUGAAUUUUAUCGCCCUCCGAGAGUGACAAUUUUUGUUGUAACUGUUGUUAGAUUGAAUGAGAAAAUGGCAGUGAUUCGCUCGCCGGAAGUGCUGACAAAUGCCGUCUCCUGGUGGAACAAGUUUGUUCUGGUGCUGAUCUUCCUGGAGGUGUUCGCUCACGUUGAAACACUGGAUCUUGAAAAAUGCAAAAAUCCAUUAGGAAUGGAGUCCGGUGCCAUCAACGAUUCUCAGAUAACGGCCAGCUCUGCGCACGAUAUCGGCAACGUUGGACCACAGCACGCAAGAUUGAAAGUGGACAACAAUGGAGGCGCCUGGUGUCCGAAGCACAUGGUUUCGCGGAACCUGAACGAGUACCUGCAGAUCGAUUUGAAGCGGAUGCACGUUGUUACGGCCAUUAAGACUCAGGGCCGUUUUGGCAAAGGACAAGGCCGAGAGUACACCGAGGCGUACGUGCUGGAAUACUGGCGACCCGGGUUCUCCAAGUGGAAACGGUGGAAAAACACCCGAGAUAAUGAGAUCCUGUCCGGGAAUACCAACACCUACAGCGAGGUGGAGAACCUUCUGCAGCCAAUUAUCUUUGCGUCGAAAAUUCGCAUCUACCCGUACAGUCAGUACGACCGGACGGUUUGCCUCCGGGCGGAAAUCAUCGGCUGCGAGUGGGACGAGGGAUUACUGUCCUACAGCAUACCGAAGGGUGUGAUCCGUGGCAUGGAGGUUGACCUCUCGGAUCGCAUCUACGACGGGGAGGAGGAAGGAGACCGCCUCGUCGGAGGUCUCGGUCAACUGGUGGACGGUCAGAAGGGAGCCGAUAACUUUCGCACCGACAUUCACGGUUUUCGGCAAGGGUUACGACUGGGUCGGCUGGCGCAAUGAUUCACUUGGCUGGGCCGGAAAACCGGUCGAGAUGGUGUUCGAGUUCGACACGGUUAGGAACUUUACCGCCAUGGUUCUGCACACCAACAACAUGUUCAGCAAGGACGUACAGGUAUUUCUCCAGGCGAAGGUCUACUUCAGCAUCGGCGGGCAGCACUUCAGCAACGAGCCGGUGCACUUCUCCUACAUGCCGGAUGCGAUUAUGGAGAGCGCUCGUGAUGUCACGAUCAAAUUACAUCACCGCAUCGGACGCUUCAUCCAGGUUCACCUCUACUUCUCCAUGCGGUGGAUUAUGCUGAGUGAAAUAUCGUUUAUUUCCAGUCCCGUGAUUGGCAACUUCUCCGACGAGGAGUCGAACGGAAAUUCAAUCUCGCAGGAAAAUUCCAUCGAAUAUCCGCUGCAGCGAGACGAAGUGCAAACUGCCAACAAAGGCGAGCGGAACCAUGUGACGCAAAUUAUCUCGCCGAAACCGAUCGACCAGGAACCGGAGCCUCACUUUGUCGGUGUCAUCAUCGCGGUCCUGACCACCAUUAUCCUGCUGCUGAUCGCCAUCAUCCUGUUCAUCGUGGCCAAGAACAAACGCACACGAACGGCGGCCGUCCUCGACGCACUGCAGCACAAUUUGCAUACCGACAGUCUGGGGAUCGACAAACGGCUCAACAGCAAUUUCAAGGUUUCGAUAGAUGAUAACGAAUCGAUUGAUAAAAGCAGUCUGUACCACGAGCCGUUCAAUGUCAAUAUGUAUACCAGUGCGGCCAGCGGAUGCUCAAUGAACGACAUGCAGCGACAUCAUAUCACGCCGGAUUACACAGAUGUGCCCGAUAUCGUGUGCCAGGAGUACGCCGUGCCGCACAUGCAGGACCUGAUACCGAAGAUUCCCGGCGGAUACGUGAGCGUUCGGCUGACACCACCGACACUGAACAAUAUCUUCCCGAAGCCCCCGCCUGUGCCCCCGCCACCAGAAAAGUAUUACGCCGCCACUGCCAUCUGUAAAUCAUCCACCGCCCCUACAACGCCAUCUAACAACCAACAGAGUAACCAACAGCAGCAGCAGCAACUGAACGCUUACAGCGAUCUGGAUCACGGUGUCUCGGACGAUGAUUUACAGCUCAGCGAGUAUCCUCGGGAUAAGCUGGUGAUAGUGGAAAAGCUCGGCUGCGGCGUAUUCGGCGAACUGCAUCUCUGCGAAACCAAAGGAUACAGUUCGAACCUGGUCGCAGUGUCAACGCUUCGUCCUGGCGCCUCGGAGCACGUCAAGAAGGAGUUCCGGGCGAAGGCCAAACAGCUCAGCCGACUGAAUGACCCCAACGUGGCGAAGUUGAUCGGUGCCUGCCUGAAAGACGAGCCCAUUUGUAUCGUUUUAGACUACAAAUUCGGCACGGACCUGAACCAAUUCCUGCAGGAGCACACGGCCGAAACCGGCACGUUGGUGCAGCAUAAUUCUUUAAGCUACGGAUGUUUAAUUUACAUCGCAACACAAAUAGCCUCCGGUAUGAAGUAUCUAGAGCAAAUGAAUGUAGUGCAUCGUGAUUUAGCAGCGAGGAGCUGUUUAGUAGGACCACAGCUGGAGAUAAAAAUCUGUACACUAGGAACUGUGAUAAACCGCAUUGCAUAUCCUGCAGACUACUGCCACCUGGAGGGAGCAGGAAGACAAUCACAACCGAUGCCAAUCCGGUGGAUGGCCUGGGAGAGCGUCCUGAUGGGUAAAUUUACAUCAAAGUCUGACGUGUGGUCGUUUGCUGUGACGCUGUGGGAAAUCCUGACGUUCGCCCGGGAGCAACCCUUCGAAAACCUGAGCGACGAAAAGGUGAUUGAGAACAUCGGGCACAUGUACCAGGACAACAAGAAACACAUCCAACUACCGAUCCCGGUCGGAUGUCCCCGGGAGAUCUACGACCUGAUGUGCGAAUGCUGGCAGCGCAACGAAAACAGCCGGCCCAACUUCCGCGAGAUCCACCUGUUUCUGCAGCGGAAAAAUCUCGGGUACAAACCAACUGCUUCUACCUUCUAAUCCUCCCCCGGCUCAUCCUUUCGUCCCACUUCAUCAUCAUCAUCAUCACGAAUCCACCAACACCCCCAAUCACAAUUCUAGUGCUUCCAAAGCCUUAUACCUAUAAAGAGUAUAUAUUGAUCACGACACGAUAAUCAUCAUCGUCACUUGCUCCACGAUUCAUUCUAAUCAUGGAUCGGUUUUGUGGAUUUGCUCUUCGGUUUCGUUUAUUUCUGCGAAUUGUUUGCUCGUUUUCGGAAUGUAGUAUUUUUUAAUUUGCUUAAAUUUGAAAAUUUUCCACAUUUUUUCGGUUAAAGAUAAAAACCAGAUUGUUUUAUUUAAAUGAUGAGUGAUUUUGCAAGAACUAUGUAGAAUUCAUGUUUUAUUUCAAUAAUAAUUUUGUAAAUUGAAAGCUUCAGUUACUCAUUGUUCUGAGUGUUAGGAUGUAGAGAGAAAAAAAGCAUGUAAAACUAACAUUGCCUCAUCACUUCUUUCCAACCUUUAUAGUGAAUACUUUCAUCACAUUUAAGAAUCAGAAGAGCAAGAAGAAAAUCUAAAGGAAUAAGAUGGUGAACAAGCAAAGAGCGCAAAGCAAGUGAGAAUCGAACGAAUUUAUCAAAUCCAAUAACUUGUUGAAACGGCAGCAAAGACAAAUACGAACGAGAGGAGACGAGGCACGCAAACACUCAUUGAAACUCAUGACACGAGGCGGGAACUCAUUUGUGCUAAUCAACCCCUCUCUUCCUUGAAGCGGAACAAUCAAGAUGACGAGACUAAGUAAAACAAAAAAAUGUAUGGAACAUGACUCUAUCGAAUUAUAGUUAAGAAUGCAAACACAGAAAACAACGUUAUUGUUAUCCAAUUAUAGGCAUAAAAUUGAUGAUAAUUUGCAGAAUGUACGGACUAAUUAGUGGAUUUAAAAAGCAGACUUAUAGACAAAAGAAGCACCUUAAUGAAAACGAGAAAAAAAAAACAGCUCACCGAUCAAUAUCAACCGAUUUUAUGAGUCAUCAAUUAAUUUCAAACGUAAAAACCAUGCAACCAGUGAGCAUCAUUUAAUUAUUCAACGUAAAAAUGGAACAGGUUUAUGAUCACUGUUGAAUGUGAGUGUGUAUGUGGUAGUGCAACGGAUUGGUUCAGCUGUCAAUUGCUGGCUUGACGGGGAUGUAACCAGGACAACACAAUGAAUUGCUACAUCCCAGCAGGAGGUUUGAAUUGUUCUACAAAAUUGUGUUUUUUUUCGGAAACCUCAACAGUACAUCGCUCAAAGAUAGGUAUUUUACAAUUAUUGCCAAACAAGUUGCACAGAAACAAGUUGCACGAGGACAAUGUUUUCUGUUUAAUGAAUGAUUGCUAUAAAUUAUUCAAACCAUUAAACUGAUAGCGAUAAUUGCAUAAAAAAGUAUUAUAUUAAAUUCGAUAUCGAUGACGGGAGUCAAACGUUGUUUAAGAGUGCCGCGAAAACCGCUGCCGUCAAUCAUCCAGGAGGGGCUUGAUUGUGAGUCCACGUGGUAGCCUCCAGGGAGAACACGCAUCACCGCAACCGGCACCCAGAACCAAACGAAAAAAAAUGCAUCCAAUAUUCAUGAUUAUUAAUUUUUAAUCAUUAACAUGAUCGCGACCCUUUUCGGAUUAUGGUUCGUAAGUAGGAAAAAAAUCAAAUUCUCCCUCUUUUGGCUUAAAUUCAUAAAUUAAAGGCGAUUUUAAUUUGAAUUAUCGCAUAAUUUUGGUAUCCGUUCGGUUCGUCCAGUUUUAUAAUUUUCUCACCUCUUUCGAUGAACAGUCACGACACCAUGGUUUCACGCACAUAUCACAUACAUAUACACGUACAGGACCCACAUAAAAAAAAAUCAAUCAGUUUAGAACACUGUGCUACCUCUGAAAUGACGGCUCUCGGGGUGACGCAGCCAUCAAUUGGCCGGAUCUCCUUGAGUGGCGUUGUGGCAAGAGUUCAAUUCCGAUACACGACACCUGCAGCAGUAAACAGAGGGAAGAACAAAAGAAUGAUCCGAAAAUUAUAACAAUCUGAUAUAUUGAAUAUAAGCAAUACAAUGUCAAUUGUCGGGAACAUUUACAGCUUGCGUUCUUCACUAUCAAGAAUAAUAAAAACUAAAGAUGCUGGCGACUCAUCGGAAUGAGCAAGAUUUCGUGUGAUUUAAUUUUAUUUCCCAUUCAUUUCUUCUUCAUAUUUCUUGAAUUACGUCCAAACACGCCACAAAGCCCGUUGCACUGCUAAGCGUUGUCUAAGAUUUUACAGUAAGGCAGUUAAGAUUGCCUGCUGGAAGCUGAUAUAUUUGUCACCCUUCUUGCGAUUACUUUUCGAAAAAUAUUUAAGAAGGAACAGCUAGGUAUU